UCUUCUCUCUACUCUCUCUCUCUCUAUCUCUCUCUUCUCUCUCUUGCAUCGCAGCAGCUCGAACGCCGACUCGCCUUUGUAUUGGUUUAUGAGCUCGAAGGAGAAACCCACUCUAGGUGGCACGCGGAUUAAGACCCGCAAACGGAAUAUUACAGCUCCUCUGGACCCUGCAGCAUUUGCGGAUGCAGUGGUCCAGGUUUAUCUGGAUAAUGCUGGUGAUCUGGAACUUGUCUUAAAGAGCAUUGAGUCUGCAGACCUUAACUUCUCUAGAUAUGGCGACACUUUCUUUGAGGUCAUCUUCACUGGUGGACGUACACAACCUGGCACAAUUAAACCUGAUGAGGGGGAGCGCCAUCCUUACUCUAUUAUAGACUGUGAGCCAAAACGUGAAGCCAUAUUACCAUCUGUACUCUACAUACAGAAGAUUCUGAGGAGAAAGCCUUUUCUCAUUAAGAAUCUUGAAAAUGUUAUCCAGAGAUUGCUACAGUCUCUCGAGCUUUUUGAGGAAGAUGGGCCGAAGAAAAUGGCAAUUUUCACAGCACUUGCCUUCUCCCAGAAGCUGUCAGGUCUACCACCAGAGACAGUAUUUCAGCCACUUCUCAAGGAUAAUCUCGUGGCAAAAGGGAUAGUGCUUUUAUUUGUGACUGACUUCUUUCGGGAGUAUCUCGUUGAUAAUAGUGUCGAUGAUUUGAUUUCAGUUCUGAAACGGGGGAAGAUUGAGGAUAAUCUCCUCGACUUUUUCCCAUCUUCUAAGAGAACUGCUGAAGCAUUAACUGAGCAUUUUAAGAAGGAAGGAUUGUUAUCAUUGGCUGAAUACAAUGAGAAAAAAAUGUUUGAGGUGAAGAUAAAGGAAAUGAAGGCGGCAUUAACUAGUCAGAUAGCAGAGGAAGCUGAGAUCUCUGAUGUCAUUGAUAUAGUGAAGCAACAUGUUAAAGAUGCUAAAUUGCCCGAUGUUGAGAUUGUGAGAGUUUUAUGGGACAUUUUAAUGGAUGCAGUACAAUGGUCUGGAAAGAACCAACAGCAGAAUGCUAAUUCAGCACUGCGCCAGGUAAAAACAUGGGCAAAACUAUUGAGUGCGUUCUGCACAAGUGGAAAGCUCGAGUUGGAGCUGAUGUACAAAGUUCAGACCCAAUGUUACGAGGAUGCAAAACUUAUGAAAAUUUUCCCUGAUAUUGUUAGAUCUCUUUAUGACCAAGAUGUGCUUGCUGAAGAUACUGUCCUUCAUUGGUUCAGCAAGGGAACAAACCCUAGGGGAAGGCAAACUUUUGUGAAGGCUAUGGAGCCAUUUGUGAAAUGGCUUGAGGAAGCUGAAGAGGAAGAGGAUUAAAGAAUUGUGCAAUAUGUAAUAUGAAUGAAUGCAUUUUGGUUUCUAGUUCUACAAGUUAGUUGUUUCCAUCUUUGUUUGCAUUUGAUUUUGAACAUCAUUGCUUUUUUAUUAUGUUGCUUUUAAAAAUGAUGAUUAUUGUGAUUCUGUUUGAAUAGUUUAUUGUGUGAAAUCUUUUCUCUAUUAUGCUGUUUGUUGCUUGUGA